AUGGACGAUAAACAGAACUCGGCUGCGCGACUUGAGCGUAGGCUGCCGACCGUAAGACUUCCGAUUGACUUCGCCGUUGAGAGUAUUCUCUACGCAAAGGACCUUAUCAUUCUGGUCAUCGCCCCACUAGGCUGCCUGGCUUGCUGGGCUCUAGCGAUUGUAUGGAUUUAUACAAUUCAAGUAAUACCAGAGCUUCUGCUUCUCACGGCAGACCUUCUUCAGGCAUGCGUAGGUGUGGGUGUCGGGGCGAAGACAUCUCGUGCGGUGCUGGUGGAGGAACUCGACAGUACGUUCGAGGAGGCUACCGUCGUGGAGCAGGCACAACCGAAGUCCACGUCAGAUCCCGAGAAAGCAACCGCUACUUCUCCAGUCAACGAUGUUUCCUCCGCACAAAUAGCUGAAGGACCAUUGGGACUUAGCGAGGACCUCGCCACACCAACGGAACCAGAGCAUAAUGUGGCACGCUACGACGUAGUAUCUACGGUACUAGAUUCUGCAAAUCUAAAUGCCAGCCUCCGCGCUCGAGACGAAGCUUUCGAAGUCUCCAGUAGCACUGAUAUGGACGAUAUCCUGUCAUGGUCCUCAGGCGACGAGGAUUUCCCUUGGCUUCAAGCAGGAGGUCGUAGCCAUUCGCAGGAGAGAACAGUCACGCCUGAGAGACCAGCUACACCAGAGCGGGACCACUACGCCGCAGAUCGCCGCGAUGCUACCAGCUCGAAGCUCGAACAGAGGAAAGCUAGUGCCAACAAUGAGUGGGUCGCUAGAGUCACAGGUGUCAAGCCUGAACAGAAAACGAAACCUGUAACUAUCGGCUCCGGCAUAACCAGCGGCGACUUCGCCAUCCAUGGUGCCAACAUUUGGCAGACGCCUAGAUCCGAAGCAGACACUGCGGCUCGCAGACCACAGCCAGCUUAUACGAAAGAGCAAUUGGCGGAAGCAGCAGCUGCUGCCAACGGGUUUGCCCGUGCCGGCAACAAGCAGCGGCCAGGGUCGACUCCACGAACUCGAGCCGCUGCAGCUCGAACGACCAUGCGGGUGUACAAUUGUCCACUGGUCAAACCUGCAACAUUUGUGCCACCGCGCCCGCAGCCAAGCAUGCCAACAUCCGCACCGCCAAUCAAGAGUGUCCAUUAUUCCGCCGAAAACUUGCCGCCUCACAAACGCAAGCAACAAGCGGCAAGACAUCAAAAGUCCAGCGUCGACCACGGGAGAAGCUCUGGCAAAUCUGCUGAGCCUAUUGUAAACAAGAACAUGUACGAAGUUCUCUGCAUUGAUGGAUCUGCUCCAAACAGCCCGAACAAGCUCAGUCCAAAAAUCUUGUCCAAACCCGAUCCGCCAUUGCCAGCAAUGAAGGAAAGUGAGUCAAAAGCAGGACCUGGUCAAGUAUCUGCCCUCAAUGCCAUGGAGCCAGUGGAAGCACAGAUGCAGCCAGAACCUAUGACUUCUCCGACACUAACGAUUGCCAACGCUCACUCUCCCGACAUUCCAGAAGAUGAAGUGCUCGACAAUGCUUACCGUGGUAGCUUGAGCUACGGCAAUGCUCCAGCGCUCGUUCAGCCGGUCGCUCAUACUAUGUCGAUUGAUGCUUUGAUGGCGCUCAACACACAACCCCUUCAGCGCAACGAAGACACGAGCCAUGUCAGCGAAGUAUGCACGAUGUGUGGAGGCAAAAUCUUGUCUGAUGCCGUUGGUUCAAUGGCUGAGAAUGAAGUGUUGACAAGCGCAAAUUGUCGAGCAAUAGGGCCGGGCGUCCAGGACGCUCAGCUCAUUGUAGGAAAGGCAAGGACGGCCUUUCACCGCCGUAAGCCCUCUCCAACGUGUGUGAGGUGCGGAGGUGAAGGACACCGUAGCGUAUGCUGUCCGAUUAUACGGCCGUUCCAGGAUCAGAGCGACGCGGACGAUCUACUUGCGCAUAGUGAUGGAGGAGAUACAACGCAUGACAACAUCCCUGCAGAUAUCGUGGGCCGAAUUACGAGGCAAGCACCGAAGGCCUUCAUUGAAGACGAGAAUGUGGUCAACACGCCCUAUACUCGGUAUCAUAGGAUCAAUCGCGAUACGCAGGAGCGCAGCAGAUUUCAGGUUAUGUCUGAUGUGGCCACAGACUUGCUCGAACAAGACACGUUCGACGACACAGCAGUCAGCAGCAAGAACAACACCAGUUCCGAUGCUUCCGCGCACAAGCAGCUCGACUUGCUGGAUCUUGACUGUCCGGAGAGUGCUUCUGGGUCUAAGGCAGUCACUGCUUCUGCAGAUCGACGGAGGCGUACGAGUAGCCAGACACCUAACGCUCUGCCUUUCUUUGCGCCAUCAUCCAGAGAGGGUGCUAGGCUAGGCUCCAAUGCUGAGCAGGCAAAUUCACCCGAGCAUACUCUAUCAACCAGCCCGUUCGGUCAUGAUGAUCAAACAUGUCAGCCUCAACCGGACUACGAUGGCUGGUUCGGAGGCCCGAUUACGACCUACUCUUCUAGCGAUGACUGCGACAGCGCAUUUCGCGAUGGUCAUAAUGAUGCUUCGCAGGACUACUACACCAACCCGGCGGUGCACCCUUCGUAUAAUUUGACGGUAGCCUCACCUCCGCCACCAGACUUUGUUCGUCCAGCUCGCUCAGCCCCAGUGACAAUAAAAUUGCCUACACCGCAGAAGGUCAUCUGCAAGCAAUCGUCGCCAGACAGCAAGGACAGCCAGAUACAUAUUCCUCGAAAGCUGACCAUGGCUGAGUUAUUCGGCUCUAACCGGCCUGCAGAAGACCAUACCAAACAUCAGCCAGUGGUACCAUCACCCUCCACGUCUAUUGCUAUACUGUCCAUCAAGACGCCUGAGCUGCCCUUGGCCAAAAUUCAGCCUGUCUAUCAGGCCUCCAAUGGCAAUAGUGCCUACGUCCAAGGUCGCCCUCAGGGAACAGCUGCACAUGCUGUAGACAGUACCGUAUGCGAUACGGCAGGUACCUGCGACCAUCUCUUCGAAAUGGAACACGGUGCUUCAGAGGCCAGCAGCAAUGUCCCAGGCUCGAGUGACUCAGCAUCUGCUCAGGAUCAUGCGAAAGCCUUUGAUGUGGCUAUGUUGUCGAAAGCUGGUCGAGACGAUAAUCGGAAGACGCUGGCUUCCACACCUGUACAUAGUGGAACGUCCAGGGGCACUUCUGUACCUGACUUGCUGCUUGACAAUGCAGGACAUGCCUCAAACACCACGGGUGAGGACGGGAAAACACCAGGAGACCCCGAGAGCAAUGCCAAAAUGAUGCAUGACUCUCAGGAGGCACUGGCCGUAGAAGUGCUCGGCGCUCCCAACCUGACGAAGUCCAUGAAACAGCAGAAACGCGAGGCUCGAGAAGACUUGAUCAUGGCAUGGUGGACCCGCGAGAAUGCACGAAAGCAGGUCAAAGGCACAUUCUCGCUCGAGCGCAUCCAAGCCUUGGAGACCGCCACGCGCGGAUAUGGGCAGAGCCGAGCUACGUUGAUCUCUUUAAUGGGCAACAGUGAGCUCAACGAGAAGGAUGCUAAGAGGUUCCCCGUGCUCACGAUUCAUGACAUGGGCGAGCCGAAGAACAAGCCGCCGGCGCCAGAUACCACCACAUCUUCGACGGCUAGUAAGAGCUUGCAGACGGAGCGAGUGGCUACGCCAGAGCCAGCAACGCUGGAUGAAGAGAAGCGUGAGCUGCUGGAACAGACGGAGACAGCUCUGAACCACUACUACGACGCUGUGGAUUUCUUCAAAGGACCACGCCCGCAGGGUCGGCAGAAUAAGUCGACGCUUGUUACUUUGGGCAAAGCAAGAGCGGAACGAGCGAGAAAGUACUAUCAGAAGAAGUUGGUUGCUUUAAGCGAAGCAUUUCCGGGUGCUGCCGACAAGGCCGGUUAUCCUGCGGUCGAUGAGCUGGAGGUUCCGCACACGGGUGUUGUUGGCGCACCGUGUAGGUGUAGGUGGUGCAGGCGUCAUCAGAUGAUAUGA